CCCUGCUUCCCUCUACCAUUCAUGUCCAGCCCCCUCCCCUCCUCUCUCCCUCCCUCCCUCCAUCUCUCCCCCUCUCUCUGUGUCUCUCAUGCACUCACUUACACACACUCUCGGCUCGCAGAGAAUGAGAGGAUAAACGCACAGACAGGAAGGACUGACCCGAGAGAGUUAGAGUGAGAGACAGAGCUAGAGAGAGAGAGAGAGGGAGCAAGAGAGCAAGGGGGAGAGGAACAGAGAGAGUGAGAGAGACUAUCCAGCAUUCAGUCUUUAUGCUUUAAGGGAGAGGAGAGAGAAAACUACAGAGCCAUACUACAACAAUCUCCCUGACUGCUGGGAUUUCGGAACUCCUUCACUUUUAUUUGUUAACUUUUUUCACAAGCUUUCCUUAUUUUUUAAGAGUACAAUUAUUUGUUAAUUCUGAAGCGGAGGACCUGGCUGUUACUUUUUCUUGUGUUCUCUGGGAUAUUUCUCCCGCCACUCUGCCCUCUGGUCUCCACACUGUGGACCAGAGACCUCUCUGCCCUGGCUGUGCCCCUGCUGUGCCCCUGCGGUGCCCCUGACAAGGCUGUGGAACGGCUGCUUGUGGAACGGCUGCUUGUCGUCAGGGCUGGGUUGUUGCUUCUUCAUCUUUGCGGGGAAUGACCCUAGGAGGCGUGGGAUUGGUUGCACUCCAGGGACGCUCCUGAAAAGACUGCGGAGGGGACUCAAGGCGCUGUGGCCCCACGGAACUGAGAGAGCCGCCCCUCCCCCCCCUCAACCCCAAGACGCCCCAUUUCACUGCAGCAUGGAUCUCCCCCCAUUUAGAGGUCUCUCUGAUGUGCCGUGAGAGGUGCGACUCCCCCGUCCCGACCCCGUCCCGACCCCAUCCCCCUCCCUCGUGCCACUACUUCAAGGACCAGGAUGGACCCUCCCCCAGGUCGUGGCCCUGCCCUAGUCAGGAUGGACAUGGAUGGGCUGGACCUCCAGCAGGUGCCUGUCCUCUCCCUGGACCAGAUUUGCUCCAUCCGGGCCAGCAAUGACUAUGUGGAGCGCCCCGUGGCCCUGGACCACGCCUCACAUUCUGGCUUCUUUUACACCCACGACGACCACUACCCCAUCACCCAUGGGUACCCCCCUCAAGGUUACCUUCAUGGUUACUCUCAGGGGUACCCGUCCCACGCCCCUCUCCCCCGGAGCCAGAGCCAGCAGCAACACGCCCAUCUGACCCAUCUGAGUCGCUCCAGUACAGCCAGCUCAGCCAUGUCCCGGACCAGCGCUGCCUCCGACCAGAGACUCCUGGCGGGCCUGACGCCCUCCCACUCUGGCCUGGCCUCAGUGGUGCGCUCCCAGCCUAAAGGAGAACUCAAGCCCGAGGCUUCUCUAGGUAAAGGCCUGGAGGAGGGAGAGGACCUGGGCUUGCACCUGUUUAUCUGUGAGCGCUGUGGGAGGUGUAAGUGUCAGGAGUGCUGCGCCCCGCGGAGCCUGCCGUCCUACUGGGUCUGUAGGCAGCGCUGCCUCUGCUCUGCUCAGAGUGCUGUGGAGUACGGCACCUGUCUGUGCUGCGUUAAGGGCCUGUUCUACCACUGCUCCGCUCAGGAUGAUGAGGACAACUGUGCCGACCGGCCCUGUGCUUGCACGCCCGCCCACGCCUGCGCUCGCUGGGGUACCAUUGGCCUUCUGGCGCUGUGCCUGCCCUGUCUCUGCUGCUACCCACCUGCCAGACUGUGCCUCGCCCUGUGCCAGCGGGCCCACGACCGAGCCACCCGCCCUGGCUGCCGCUGCAGCAACACCAACACCGUGUGCCGCAAGAUCUCCACCUCCAACCCCAACCCCGGGCACGCCCCCUUCCGCAGCAAGUCCCUGGAGAAGCCUGUAUGACAGUGGUGCACCUGGAGUCAAUCGCCGCCUGGACAACGCAGUCUUUGACAACAUUGCCAUGACAAUACAAUCGCCCCGCCCAGCCCGUCGUGAUCUACCUACAGUGACCUUUCACCUUACGUACUUUCCAUACUUCUUCUUUUCCUCCUGCCUGAAGAGAAAUGACCAAAAGCCUUACUGUACUUUACUGUAACUGUACUGUACGUGUGGAGACUUGAGCCGAAACCUGAAACCGCCUGGUGCUUUUUGCUGAACUGACUGCCAAACUUAACCUUACUGUGUUACUGUGUGGGCAUACUGUCUCUACCUUCCCCUUACUGUGUGGG